AUUAAACUGACGACUUCAGACUGGUAGCCUUCCCUAACGGGGAUAAGAAGGGUUGUUAUAAAUACCUUGGACUUUCUACGUUCCUUUAUUUUUGUUCGCUAUAGUUCAUCUCAACUACUACUUUGCAUUCAUUUCUCUAUUACUUACUGAUCAAGUACCAAUAACAAUGGAAUCCCCUCUUUCAAUUAAAGACGCCAGCGGCAGACAGAUCAGUCUUUUAAACAACAGUACCUAUUCUUCACCUUCAUCGCCACCACCUCCUCCUCCCGCUCCAUCUACCGACUUCUUACGCGCUACUGCUAGUCGCCAAUCUUCGACUGGGCGACGCAAGUACCACUGUACAGAGCCAGGAUGCAACAAGAGCUUCACUACUAGUGGGCACUUAGCACGGCAUAAUCGUAUCCAUACAGGCGAAAAGAACUUUCACUGUCUUUAUCCGGGCUGUCCUUCUCGUUUCUCUCGCCAAGACAACAUGAUGCAGCAUUACCGCACCCAUCUCUCGCCGAAAUCGAGACGUAACCAUCAAUUGACUCGAAAUAUCAAGCAGCACCAACUAUCACGGCCUUGCUUCGAGCCUUAUCCAUCGGUGAUUUCGCCAUUAAACUCGCCUCUCGACGAGCAGCCGGCUGUUUUGCCUCAGCUGAUGUGCUCGCCUUCGCCCUCAUCACCGACAAGCAUGAAGCUUCAGCCGCUCGAGCCAUCCACCGACAAAAGUCCUCCACUGUACGCUUCUUCGGCUUUUUUAUGCCCGACCCCUCCUCUUUCUCCACCGCACCAUCAGCAACUUCCACCUCUGAGCCACCGACCUGCUGACUCCUUCUUCCCUUACGUCAGUAUCAUGAGCUAAAAAAGGCACACUUCUCCUCCAGCAUCACCGCAAUACUUUUGUCCUAGUAUCCAUCAGCCCGUACACUCGUUUUGAACAGAAAAAAUUCCAAAACAAAAAAAGCAACCACUCAGCACGCUCAUUAUGAUGUAUUCCUUGUAUUUUAGUUUCCAUGUUUUAUACUGUUUCUAUUCUCCUCUGCUUUAUCAUUUCUUCAUUAGCCACACACUGUAAACAGCUCAACCCCAUCAACACACACACACACACACACAUAUUCGUUCAUUGUAUGCAAAUUUUCUUCAUGCUUUCUCUCUUUUUUCCUCAUUCACAGCUCGCUAUGUUUAUAUUUUCCGCACCACUUCUUCCUACUCUCGGGUUAACUCUUUUUUCGUUUAACAUCAUGUACAAAUUUCUUUCAUGGUUCCUCCCUCCCUCUCUCUCUCUCUUUCGCUCAUUUUUUGUUAGUUCCAAAUAAAUGAACAGGUUUAAGACAGCA